UUCGCAGUGUACUAUUUAUUGCGACACAGAUGGACUUUCAGAGGUGAUUAUUUUCAUGCUCACUGGCCUGAGGUACCAUCUGGCAUUAUAUAAGAAAUGAAGCCUCCUUCUCACACGUGCUGAUCCACCUGGGCUCAGCACAACACAAGACACUCCCUGUGCGCCCUGAACUCAAUCACGACAGCAAUGCCUCCUCCGGGUGUGUGCAUGAGCAUCGUUAAUGCACGCCACGGCAAAGACGGUUAUGGGACCAUCAGCAACCCUGAGAACUUCUUAAAGCAAGACUACCGGAUGUUGAAAGAGAUGUGUCUGAGCCGGCAACUACGGUACAUCGAUGACAUGUUUCCCCCUGACAGAAGAAGCAUUGGCCAGAACUUACUGAAGCCCGAUGACCUGAGAAGAGUGGAGUGGCUCAGACCGGGGAAACUUGUUCCCAAUCCAUCUUUUGUUACUGAUGGAGUCUCGAGGUUUGACUUCGGUCAAGGCCUGCUUGGAAACUGCUGGUUUCUUGCAUCUAUGGGUGCACUGACAUUUCAGAGAGUCAUCUUUGAGCAAGUUGUUCCUCUAGAGCAAAACUUUGUUCAGGACUACUGUGGACUGUUCCAUUUCAGGUUCUGGAGAUUUGGCAGAUGGGUGGAUGUCAUCAUUGAUGACAAACUCCCAACAAUCAACGGCAGACUCAUUUUUGUACACUCCAAAGACCCAAGAGAAUUUUGGCCUGCUUUGUUGGAGAAAGCUUAUGCUAAAGUGUGUGGGUCCUAUUCAGACAUGAAUGCUGGAACACCCAAUGAGGCGUUGGUGGACUUCACGGGCGGUGUCCACAUUUGUAUCCAGCUGUCAGAACCUCCCUCAAACCUUUGGGAGAUUAUGUUCAGAGCUGGACAAUUCAAGUCAUUGAUGGGAUGUGGCACUCCUCAGGGGAAGACAUCCGCCAACACUGUUUUGCCGAAUGGAUUGGUCGAAGGCCACGCCUACACCAUCACGGGGGUCAGACAGAUGAUGAGUCGUGGGAAAGUAGCAAACCUGGUGCGAUUGUUGAACCCCUGGGGCAAAGGAGAAUGGAAUGGAGACUGGAGUGAUCGGUCACCUCUGUGGCAAACAGUCAGCAAACAGGAUCGAGAUAUGUGCCUUUCUGUUUUUGACAAUGGAGAGUUUUGGAUGUGCCUGGAAGAUUUCUGUAGGUUCUAUGAUGACCUUGACAUCUGCUGUCUAUGCCCCGAAUUCCUUGAUGAAGAGGCAUCGUGCCAUUGGAAGACGUCCUUCUACGAGGGCAGAUGGCUUGCAGGAAAAUCAGCUGGAGGAUGCAUGAACUUCCCAGAUAGCUUCUGGACUAAUCCACAGUAUCGAGUAACGAUUGACAAACUAGACAGUGCAUGUGCUGCCAAACAAGGGGACAUAAACAUGCUCGUGUCUCUCAUGCAAAAGCCAGACAAAAGAAACAGAGCACUGGUCAAGAAUCUCCACAUUGGAUUCUCAGUGUUUGAGGUUCCAGAAGAAUUGAAGGCACAGAGGGGGAAGUUCCCUGCCUCUUUCUUCAGCAGAAACCGACCUGUCGCGCAGUCUAAAAAAUACUUAAAUGCCCGUGAAGUGAUGGAACUCAUCAUGUUGAAACCUGGCGAAUACCUGAUUGUACCAUCCACCUUUAACGCUAACGAGACUGCCUCCUUCAUCCUGACCAUCCUCUCCAAGACAGAGACCCACGUUCACGAGAAUUCUGGUGGCCAUGACCAUGGGCAUACGGACGUGGAAGAGUCCGGAGAGGAUGAUAAGGACAUGAAAAUCCUGUUCCAGCAAUUGUUUGACAAGUAUGAUGAAGUGGACGCUGUGCUGCUUCAGAAGCUUCUCAAUGAUAAAGUCUUGAAAGGAGACUUGAAGUAUGGGGGCUUCAGCACUGAUGCGUGCCGCAGCAUGGUUGCUCUAAUGAGCACACCUGGCAUUGGAAAACUGAAUGCUGAGCAACUGUUUGAUCUGUGGACGAAGAUUGUCAUGUACAAGGAUAUUUUCUUGCGCACUGAUGUGUCAAAGAAUGGAGGACUGUCACUGAGAGAGUUGAAGAAUUCCAUUUUUGCUUUAGGAACAAGGGUGAAUGAUGACAUGUUAAAUAUGCUGCUUUUGCGCUACGGGACUCCUUCUGGACAUGUAACACUGGAGAGCUUCAUCAGUCUGUCUCUUCGGCUUGGCUUCAUGAAAAAUAUCUUCAACCGCUUUUCUGACGGAAUGACCGUGACGCUUCGUGAAUCCGAGUGGAUGUACAUUUCAAUGUGCAACUAAAAAGAAGUCCCAUGAUGUGAGAAGAAAAGCAAGACAAAGCGUGAUUUUUGUUCGCAUUAAGGGUAAAAGAAAGCGGGACUGUUUUGCUUUCUGUACUUGUUGCCCCAAAGUCAAAACCUUCCAAACUAAUUUCGGGCGUCUUAAACAUUUUUUAUGGCCAUGUUUGGAAGGUCACGUGGCAUAGAAAAUGGAUGGAUGGAUGUUUGGAAGGUGUCUGCGUAUGUUGUAUUGUUGAUUUUCUUUUUUUUUCUUCAAUCUAAGGCUUCAGUGUGUAUUUGUACUUUUCUCAUUGCUCAUAAGAGUGGUGUGAAAAAGUGUUUGCCCCUUCCUGAUUUCUUUUUUUGCAUGUUUGUCACACUUAAAUGUUUCAGAUCAGAUCAAACACAUUUAAGAAUGAGUCAAUGACAACACAACUGAACACAAAAUGCAAUUUUUAAAUGGCCCUUUUUAUUAUUAAGAAAAAGUGUGUGAAAAAGUGAUUGCUCCCUAAACCUAAUAACUUGAUGGGCCCCCCUUAGCAGCAACAACUGCAAUCAAGUGUUUGCGAUAACUUGCAAUGAGUCUCUUACAGCGCAGAAGUGUUGUAAUUCAGCCACAUUGGAGGGUUUUUGAGCAUGAAGCGCCUUUUAAAGGUCAUGCCACAGCAUCUCGAUAGGACUCGGGUCAGGACUUUGACUAGGCCACUCCAAAAACUUAAUUUUGUUUUUCUUGAGCCAUUCAAAGGGGGACUUGCUGGUGUGUUUUGGAUCAUUGUCUGCUCCAAACUCAAGUUCGUCUCAGCUUUAGGUCAUGGACAGAACAUUCACCUUCAGGAUUUUUUGGUAGACAGCAGAAUUCAUGGUUCCGUUUGUAACAGCAAGUCUUCCAGGUCCUGAAGCAGCAAAACAGCACCAGACCAUCACACUACCACCACCAUAUUUUACUGUUGGUAUGAAGUUCGUUUUCACCUGUUUCGCGCUUUUCCACCUCCAAUGCUCUCAAAGCACACUCAAAUGAUCUGAAUGAUCAAAUGAUCUGAAACAUUUAAGUGUGACAAACAUGCAAAAAAAUAAGAAACCAGGAAGGUGGCAAACACUUUUUCACACCACUGUAUAUACCAAUAUAAUGUGAAAAUAUAAAAUGAUUAAAAAUGAUUGUGAAUAAACAUGAUUUAAGAACCAA